GAUGAGAGUCACAUGGCAAGGUCAAAAUACACUUGAAUGGAAAAAAAUCCAGAACACUAACAGACUUUCUACGCUAAUGAGGUAUUAAUUUCAGGUGUAUUUUUUGCCCCAGACACCUCAAAACGAGUAAAUAACCAUGAAUGUCUUUACUUCUGUGCUGGUCUUUCAAAAAUUGCCCUCUCGGAAAGGCAGAGACAAAUACAGCAUUCAGUGUUUAGAGUGUUUUGGUAAAAACCUCUAUAUUGGGACCAGAGAGGGAGUUGUCGAGUAUCUUACUGUAAACAGUGUAAUUGGUGAAAAAAACCUUGCAGUCCGGGAGGUGGGGAAGAGACAGAUGGGCCGAAGUGGAGCCAUCGGCCAGCUGACGGCAAUCCCUGUUCUGAAUCAUCUUCUAGUACUGUGGGAUGGUUCGGUCACAGUGCUUAACAUGUUCUCCUUGGAACCCAUUCCUGCCCUGAAGAAAAUCCAGAAUGUGUCACUCUUUUAUGUAAAUGAGUCUGUGGUUCAGACUCAGUCUGUUUCUGUGGAGCUCUUUGUAGCUUCCACUAAGAGGAAAACAGUGAGCAUUUACAAGGUGUGUGUGGACAGAUGGGAAUGUGUGAGACAGGUGGCUUUGCCUCAGGAACCCGUGGCUUUAACCGUGCAUGAGACGUGUCUCUGUGUAGCCACUUGUGACAGAUACUUUCUCCAUGAUUAUGAGAGCCAAACCACGCUUGAUCUUUUCCCACAUAACCUGGGAAAGCAAAGUAUAAUUGCCAACAAAUGUGGAAAAGGAGAGUUUCUUUUAAAUGGACCCGGAUGUUUGGGCAUGUUUGUGAUGAAGAAUGGAACUUCUCAGCUUCCUCCUGUACAGUGGCCUGAUGGGGUGGUGGGUGCUGCAGUUUAUUUCCCAUAUGUGCUCACGCUACAGAAUCACACUGUCCAUAUCUACAGCAUGCUGGACCAGCAACUGAAGCAAACUGUCCCCAUUGGAAGCGCCAAAUCUCUCAUCUCAACAGAAGCAAAAGUUUUUGUUGUUGCUGAAAAAGAGAUUUAUCAGCUGUCACCUGUUCCCAUGGAGGAUCAGAUUCAUGAGCUGUUAAGCAGAGAGAGAGUUGAUGAAGCCCUGACAUUGCUGGACAGAGUUCAAGAUCUCCUGCCAAAGGAGUCGUAUAAGGAUUUACAUAAAAAUGUCAUCUGUACAUCUGGAAUGAUCAAAUUCUACAGGGAAGCUUUUGUGGAUGCAAAAGAGCUUUUCAUUAAAGGCGAACUGGACCCAAGGGAAAUCAUUAGCCUUUAUCCAGCUAUGCUUGUUAUGAGUGACAAUUUCACACCUCAGACAACAGCAGUCAGCAAUGCCAAGGAUCUUUGGUCCUUAAGUCGACACGACUGGCCAACAUUUCGGCAAUACCUAAGCUUCUUGGAUGAGUUCUUGAGAGAAGUCAGGCCAACAACACAGGGCCAAAUCUGUUCUGAUGAGAUCGACUCAGCGCUUUUUAAGCUCUAUUUGGAACAAGGAGAAUAUGGGAAACUGGACCAGUUUGUGUCAUCUCAGAAUAACUGUAACCUCCAGAUUUGUGUGCCUGACUUGGAGAAGCACAAAAGGUUUUUCACACUUGGAUUGCUCUAUCAAAGCCAAGGCCAGCAUUUCAAUGCAAUUCAGACAUGGGUUAAAAUCGUGGAGGACCAGAGUAAUGAACCGUCACACAUCAGUGUAUUCCAACAUAUUGUUAAUACUCUCUCCCAUCUGGAACACAAACCUAUCAUCUGGAAAUUUAUAGACUGGGUUUUUCAGAGAGACCAAGAGGCUGGAAUACUCAUCUUUACUAAGAGGCAUGCAAGAGACCGAAACACAUUUGCACCUGAAGAAGUGCUUACUAUCCUUGCCAACUACCCAGUUGCCACGACUCUUUACUUGGAAUAUUUAGUCAAUGACUUAAACAGCAAGGAAGAGAAGCACCAUACUCUGCUUAUCACAGCAUACGUCAAACAGAUACUGCAGUCAACUAAGGGUGCUGAGAACAAUUAUACAAGCAAGGAUGAGAUAAGACAUAAACUACAGAAACUACUUUGGCAAUCUUCUGUCUACAGUGCUGAUGCCAUAUAUGACCAAAUAAAGUCCUCAUUUCUUCAUGUGGAGAAAGCAAUCUUGCUUGGGAAAUCCAGUAAACACAAAAAGGCCCUGCAGAUAUUGGUGAAUGAUGAAAAAGACCAACAAGCUGCAGAAAGUUACUGUUGGAGGACCUCUGCUGGACAAGACAGGAAGUUCACACAGAGAAUGUUUCUCAUCCUGCUUCAAAUCUACCUUGAAUCCACAGAGCAUGUGAUCGCAGCAGUGGACUUGUUGAAUAAAAAUGCAUUUGCUUUUGAUGUAGUGAGUGUGCUGAGGGUGCUGCCGAGCUCCUGGUCUCUGCAGUUGGUGCUGCGGUUCCUGUGUGAAUCACUGAGAGGAACAGUACAUGACAAAAGAAUGAGAGGUCUUGAGAUCAGCCUAGCCAAGGUGGAAAACAUAAGACACAAGCAUGCCUGGAUGGAAGUGACACAUGAAGAAAUCAGAGUUAACCGAGGAUGUAUUUGCCAUUGCUGCCAGAAACCUCUUACAGUCCCUCAGUUCCUGCGCAGGCCAACAGGAGAGCUGACACACGUAUACUGUCAUGCUGGAGAGAGCAGUCACUGAACAACAGAGACACUAUUAUUCACAUCUAUUGGCUUGGCAGACAUUUACACUACAUUUAGGUGCUUAGCAGAUGGUCUUACCAAGUUGUUUACAAUAAAGACAGUGAAUUCUAGGACAGUAAGGCAGGUUGCUGAGGAUUUAUGAUAUAUAGUAAGCUAGACCACAAACACCAAAAAGAAACCCACAGCAGUUUGCACACAGGCCAAUAUCGAACUUUGGCUAAACUAAAAGAUGGCUUGGAUGUUACAGUACAAUCAUAUGCAGUUGUUUCAGAUAAGUCUUUAGACUUUAGACUAUGUGAACAGUUCAUUUAUAGUGCAGAUGUGGAGGAGAUUUGGUGACUGACGAAAACAUGUCCAGGUCACAUUUCACCCCUAAACCAAAAGCCAAAAUGUUAACAAAUUGUAUUUUACAUAAAGAAAAUUAAGCCUAUUUAAAACAUCAAGAUUUUUGGUAUUGUGACAUUUUCAUGACAGUUAAGCACAUUUUCUCUUUAUACAGUAUUCUCAUUAAAGUAAUGUGCACGAACAUUUAACUUCUACGGUUUUUUGUUAUUCCCUUUAUUCUCAUUGAUGAUUCUCAUUAGAUUAUUUUUACAAACAAGCACAUUUUCACAUUUUCUCUCUAAAUUCUUAUUACCAAAGUGUGUACAAAAGUUUUACUUUUGAAUUGUUUAUUAUUUCCAUUAUUCUUAAUGAUGAUUCUUGUUAGAUUAGUACAGUAAAAAAGAUUAAACAUUAAAAGUACAAUCACUACCAUGAUUUUUUUUUUUUACUUUACAAUUUAAAAAACAUAUGUUCCUUUUUUUUUUUUUUUGCAUUACAUCAGAAUGGAGGGGUAAUGUGCUUAAUUGUCAUAAAAAUAAGAUAUAGACAGACAGACAGACAGACUGACUGACUGACUGACUGAUUGACUGAUUGAUUGGAUUUUGGGAUGAUAGAUGACCUGGACCUUUUCUUGACAGGUUUUGUGAGAUUUAACCAAGUGCUUUUUUUUUAUCUUACAAAAUGUAUACUUUGUACUUCCUCUGCAAAUGGCAAACAUACAAUCCAAGUACUCAGCCAAAUCCUAGACAUUCCAAUACAAAUAAUAAACUAUUCUUUUCAACUGUACAUUCAUUCAUGCUUCAUAUAGAUUCACUAAGGCUGUAAAAUUGAUUUAUAGUUGUUAGGCUGAAAUGUUAAAUGACCUUUGCAUCCUAUAUCCUUCCACAUACACAUUUUCACAUCGGUGCCAGAAAACAAACUGUAUUCUAAACAGCUCAACAUCUCUUUUACACCCACUGGACUAGGGUUGGCCCAGUGCUGUCUGCUUCUAGCCCAAGCAUGGUGUGGAACUGGCAGCCUGACAAACCCAGGGCUGUACACAACUUCAGGACAUAGUGCUCUCCAGACAAGCAACCUUAUGUGGAUAUAUUCACAGACCGGUCUGUUUAGUUUAUGGACAUGAAAAAAUAAAUGAUAAAAACCUCAAAAGGUUUAUGCAUGUGAAUCAUAAUAAACUAAACAGACUGAUAUGUCAAAGUCAAUCACUGUUGCAUAGAGCCAUGUUGAACUGCAGGAAGUCUUCUGUCUCACUUCCUGUUUUGAAUAAAUCUCCCAUCACUCUUCUUUACCUUUUGCACUGGCAGGGUUUCUUAUAAUGGUAUGUUUACAAAUAAAGAGACAUGACCUAUGAAAGCUCUAAAUGAGCUUACACACAGAUUGCUGUGCCAGACAUACAGUAUUUAAUUUUUUUAUGUAUAUGCUUUAGUAAA